GCAAUGCUGCUGCUGCUGCAUGCACUGUAAUGUGCUGUGUUGAAUUGCUGUGACUGUAAAUUUGUUAGCAAGGGAGCAAUGAAGAAAAAGAGGCUUAAACUUUAAAAUGACUCAGUAAAAACUAAAAUGGAAGAAGUAUUAACUUUGUGCAAUGAUCUAGAUUAAAAUGCCGUAGGUAAUUGCCAUCAAGUAUGCGUGUUUCAGAGGCAGAGAGCCAUCGAAGACAAGUGUUGAAAAUGGAAUAACUGAUCAGUAAUGAGGAUGACAACAAGUACAGCCAAGGAACAAAAUAUUUCUCUCAACAAAGAUUUGAACAAAAGGAAAGAAUGAACAUGUAACCGACCAUCAUGGCUACAGCUAUACAAAUAGAAGAAAUCCGAGCCACGUUGCAGAGGGGCUUGGAAAACCUCGCCUUAUCAGGGAACGGGAAGCCGCUCCCCUUGAGGCAACAAGUGGAACCUCCCUCCUUAAGAAGUAGACCCAUUCUUGCUGUAGGAGGGGAGGAACCUCAUGCAAACAAUAAGAUCAAACAGCCAACCAACAAAGUGACUGGGAACAAUCGAUCAAAUGUAAGUGGGUUGUUUAGCGAUCGGCCGGGCAGCGCAAGGGUGCUGUCCGGCAUCGUGUCGACCCCUUUCGCUAUAAAGACGCAGAACAGUAGCCUGAACGGUGCAAUACGACAAUCGCCUCUUCACACCAAGCCACCCUCCGGGACCAAACCCCGACCGGGUCGGCCUACGAGCGGUACAAAACAAAAACAACCCCUUGCGAAUGGACGGGCUUACCAUUCAGCAGGUUCUCAAAGCAAGCUCGGUGAUGUGAAGCUGUCUAAUCCUGUCGGGAGAGGGCGCCCUUUGCCCCAUCCGCCCCCGACCUUGAGUCCCACGAGGAGGAGGGAGGUGGGGUCGUCCGCGUCGAGGAGUGAACAAAGCAAGAAGAGCGGUAGAACGAGGAAGGAGAGCCUCUCAGAGGACGGAGAGGAAUGGUGUGAUGUAGAUGAGAAUGAAGAAGAACAAUUUGAUCCUCUCAUGAGCGAGCGAUUGCCAGCAGAUGGAGCUUCUUACGAUGACUUUGAUGAGGACGACGGUCUCGAUGGCUUGGAUGAUGACGGAAUGGACGAUGGUCUUUCUAUCUUUUAUGAUGAAUCGGAUACGUACUCCACGUACAGCAUGUCUUCUUCGAAGCGUGGUAGCAGCAGUAAAGGCGGCAGUAUCUCUGCCAUCGACGCCCUCCUCAAGAUGACGAACGGAAUGGACGCGUCGUCGAUCCUUGGCUCCAAGUCCAAGAGCGAGAGGGUCCUGGAGGUGUUGACGACGGGAACGGACGACGCCCAUCCCCCGCUGUCUGCCAGUCUCUUCAGUAAAGUGCCUCCAACCAUCAACUUUGUCGGGGAGAACCAGACAGUUAUUCCUUUGCCAUGGGAGCUGAGGAAACUGCUCAAGUGGAGAAUGAGUCCAAUCACGCCGCAUGUCGUCAAGAACUGCAUCGCAAGAUCUGGGUUCAGAUCAACUAAAAAAGCGAAUGAGUGGCUGGGUUACUGGGGCAAACACAUGAAGGCUUCUGCUUUCAAGUCGAUACGCGAAUACCAGAAGGUGAACCAUGUACCAGGGUCGUUCCAGAUUGGGCGCAAGGAUCGGCUGUGGCGCAACCUGCAUCGCAUGCAGCUCCACUACGGCAAGAAGGACUACAACUUCUUCCCCCAGACCUACGUCUUGCCCUUUGACCUCAAGCUGCUCAAGAGGGCGUGGGAGGACGGAGGUCAGAAGCAGAAGUGGAUCCUGAAACCGCCUGCGUCAGCACGAGGUAUUGGCAUCAAGGUCAUCCACAAGUGGAGUCAGAUUCCCCGUCGGAAACCGGUCAUCGUCCAGCGCUAUCUUGCCAAGCCGUACCUGAUCAACGGGAGCAAGUUUGAUCUACGCAUCUAUGUCUACGUCAGUAGCUUUGAUCCCCUCCGCGUCUACAUCUUCACCAACGGUCUUGCCAGAUUCGCCACCAUGAAAUAUUCGUCUUCUAUGAAGAGCCUUUCCAACAGGUUCAUGCACCUGACCAACUACAGCAUCAACAAGAAGAACGCAGACUUCACUCCCAACUCGGACAGCAUGGCGUGCGAGGGCCACAAAUGGAGUUUGAAAGCAUUGUGGGGCUUCAUGCAGAGAGACGGUAUAGAUACUAAAGCCGUGUGGGAGUCUAUCAAAGACGUCAUCGUGAAGACAAUGGUGUGGUGA